AUGGAGCCCAAAGAAGGAGACAACCAAAAAGGAGACAAAAAGAAAAGAGGAGACAUAAUUAAAAAUAAAACAAAGAAAAAAGGAAAACGACACCACAAACAAAAAAAACAAAAACAAAAAAAAAACAGAAACAAACGCGAGAGAGACAGUAAAAAAGGAGACAGAAAAAGGGAGGAGAUAAAGGAGACGAAGGACACGGUAACCAGCCACAACAAAAGGAGACAGAAAAGGAGACAGAAAAGGAGACAGAAAAGGAGACAGGAGACAGAAAAGGAGACUAAAGAGGAGACAGAUGAGGAGACAGAAGAGGAGACAAAAAAGGAGACAGCAGGAGACAGAAGACAAAAGGAGACAAAAGAGGAGACAGAAGAGGAGACAAAAAAGGAGACAAAAAAGGAGACAGCAGGAGACAGGCUGAGGAGACAGGCGGAGACAGAAGAGGAGACAAAAAAGGAGACAAAAGGAGACAGAAAAGGAGACAGAAAAGGAGACGGAAAAGGAGACAGCAGGAGACAGGAGACAGCAGGAGACAGGCAGAGACAGAAGAGGAGACAAAAGGAGACAGAAGGAGACAGAAAAGGAGACAAAAAAGGAGACAAAAAAGGAGACAACUGA